AUGCUUUCAGAGCUCGCUGUUCUCGCCGCCAUGUUUCCAGAGGAGCUUGCUGAGGAGGAGGUGGCUCAUACGGCCGCCGCCAGUGCCUUCCUGGUGCGCUCGGGCGGCGCUGCGCUGCGGGUCAGCCUGCCGCAGCGCUACCCGCUGCAGCUCCCUCUCCUCUCCCUCUCCUGCCCGUCUGCUGGUCACGGAUAG